UUGUCAUCUCCUUCUUUAAUUGUCGAACGCCAACGUGACAAGUUUACUUUGCUCCUCUUGUUCAGUUUUUUUUCAACUUUUUUUUUUCAAAAUGAAUAAUCUCGAUGAUUCUAAGCUGGGCGACUCUGCAUCGCCGAGCAAUGAAGAAUAUGGCAUCGCAGAAGCCUGUCCUCGCAAAGGAAUUUCCGAGGAGGACGAUAUCCAUGAAUUGACGGCCCGAAUGAACUCUGUGCAGGAGCGAACAAUGAACAUGGAUGCUUUAAAUGAGACAAUCGUGCAGGGCUGCGAAGAAGCUGAGGGACAGGCGACAAUGGCUCAACUGAUGGAGAAUCAGCCACCUGGUGAUAUUUCGCAAUUUCUGUUCGCUGCAUUGCAGAUGGCAGGGGAAAAGAAGGUUAAGCUCGUCGGCCAGCGGGGACAACUACUUGAACCCCACGAGCUGAGCGUGCAGCUACAACGUUCACCACCGGAAGAAGAUUGAAGAAAGCAAUACAAUUCUACAUUUUAUUACAAAUUAUACACACAUUAAUAACUAUACACAUACACAUACAUACACUUUAUACAACAAACACAUACAACAGGCAACUAGUCAAACGUUGAAUAAAAUUCGAAGCUUUUUUUCGACCGGCCUGCAACAA